AUGAACGCUGCCGAGCCACGAAUCAUUUCGCAGCUGGCGACGCUGACAGGCCUGGACCAUGGAAGCGUCAAACAGCAGUUGCUGCCCUACAUAAAUAGCCAGAGCACAGCUUCUGAAAUCAAGGAUCAUCUGCAAGGAUUGCUCGGUGACUCGUCUUCCUCCGCAGCCCUCAUUCGCGAAAUCAUCUCGAGCCGUGGAUUGGGCCUGCCAUCAACAUCAACAAAGCCCUCUUCUUCAGGAAGCUCUCAUUUUCCUUCUGCUCUGAGUUCGAGAUCAGCGAUGCCGGUCGUGGCAGGUAUCAACGACAAGCCCGCGCCGCGCAAAGUCAAGGGGGCCAAGAAAAAGAAUAUCGGUCUCGCAGUGCCGCGGGAAGUGACAGGAAGCCCAUGUGGCACAGACAGCUUGGCGGUUGCUUUUGGAAGCUCCGGAAGCAUUUAUCGCAAAGAUAAAGGUUUCGAUGAUCUGGAGCUGCAAUAUGCUGCGAAACCCAAGGCAUUGGCCUCGGCGCCAGCUGCAUCAUGUUCAGUGGGCGCUACCCCGGCUCAGUCCAGAGGACACUCUCGACAGGGCAGCGAUAGUGACGAUCCAUCUGUGCGGCCGCCAGAAGUGACCAGCAUGGCGGCAGUUCCAUCUCAAGAGAAAGUAUAUACCAAGGAGCCAGAGCCGCAGAAAGAAAAAGUUGCGCCGACGGCCGAGAUGCUGCAGCUAGAUUACCUCAUUUCGCAGCUCACCGCGACCACGACCUCGACUACUGCAGCUUUCAAGGGCAAGCGACGAAUUUGCUUCUGCGGCGGUCGGCAGCAUGUACCAGAUCCAAAUGUCCCACUCUGCCCCAGCUGCCACCUGAUUAUCUGCUCGCAGACGAUUCCGUCUCCCAUUCACGCCACCGCAUCUUCUUGCCCUUCUUGCUCUCGCUCGCCACUGCUGGACGACGCAGCGCAAGCGCGCCUACUUGCACAGCUGACAGCCCAGUACGAACGCCUGGAAGACGCGGAGCGCGAGCGUGUACGACUCUUGCGACUCGAACGUGAGCGUGCUCGCACGGCCAAAGCAGCUGAUCGAGAGCGCGGAGCCGGCUUGUUUCCCGAGCUUGUGAGCAUCACAAGUACUGAGGCGGCCAAGAGAGCGCAAGCGCAGCAUGCGCUCGGGCGUGGAGGAGCAGUGCCGGGCGGUGCGGCUGAAAAGAGCCACAAAGUGUUUAGCCUUGACUUCAAGACCCAUAAAGUCACGGAGCAGCGCGCAAAGCCGCAAGGUACCGUCGGCGGUAAAGCAGCGGCGACAUCCGGGAAAACUCAGGCCAAGGCUAGUGGAAGUGCAAUAGAAGUUGAAGACGACGGGGAGGCUGCCUCGGAUGUUACUGAGAUUAUCGCAGCAGACGAGACGGACAAUGGCUGGGCGAAGCAUGCAACUCCGCGCGUCUUGCGCCGUCUGCCAGCAGACAAUCCUGCGUUUGGUGGUAUCUUGCAUGAGCGGCCUUGGGCCAAUUGGACGCUCGGCGAGGUGCAGAUGGAAGGGCUACGUUACAUUCCGCCCACCGAACGUCACUGGACGUUGCCGAUGUGGAGUAGCAGAGCGCAGAGUCUUCAGGCCGGUGAGCAAGGCACUCCUGCGGACUUGCGCCAAGAUGAAGAGGCACAGAAUGGAGCUCCGGCCGGAGGUUCGGCAGGUGUGGCCAGGCGUGUGGUCCCAGGUGCAGCGCGGCCAGAAGUAACAUCGAAAAAGGGAAAGAGCAGGCGGGGAAAAACAAAAGGCAAAGAGAAAGCUAGCGAUGAAGACAAAAGUGUACCCUGA